AUGCGAAAAGCCUCAGCUGUUCAUGCCCAAGUGUCUGAUGCCAAAGGGAACUCUGUGUCCGUCGGCGCUGAGGUUUCCGAGUGUGCUGAGAUGCACCUCAGGACUGGAAGAGCCAGGCAGACAACGGAACACAGUGUUCAUGGAGAGUUGAAGCAAGAAGAUGGCGCCGGGAAUGCUCAGUCGAUUUGCGCAGAACUCAAACAGAAAAGCAGUGCUGGAAACGGAGGUCCCGAUGAGUUUUGCACCAAACUCGAGGUGUCGGGCAAGGGCAAAGCGGGCAUCAGCCUGAAGGAGGUCACCGAAUCGAGCCUCCAGAAGAAUGGCAGGCACACCCAUGUGGAGGUCAAGCAGAGCGUGGAUGUUGAGACGCAUGUGACAGCUGAAGCAUCAGUGGAUGUGCAGGCCGCCAGCGGCGACGGAGUGAGGGUGGCAUACGAAGUUCCUUUGAUCCAGGGAAAGGCCCGACUGCUCGAGCAAGGCGCCACCAUUGAUUCGAACAAGGGCAUGCUCUCUCAGGAGACACGCAAGGAGAUCACUGCAGCAACUCAGGGCUCCGCUGAAAAGUUGAACGACGCGGCCGAAGCCAAGAUGGCUGAAGCUGCCGACAACGUCGUACCGCCAGGUGUUGCUGGUGCAACAGCAGCCGCAUGGCGAGGCGACCACAACGCUGCGAAGAAGGCGAUGGUUGCCGGUGGUGCUUCGGCUGCGGCUAAAGGUCUUGCGGCCGUUGCGCUGACGUCGACUACCACAGCCUCUGUCCCUGCAGCUGGGCUUGCAGGGUCAUUGGGUUUCACUACAUUAACAGUCGUCACUACUGGUCCAGGCGUGCUUGUGCUUGGUGCAGUCGGGUGGGCAGCUGGUGCUGCG